UGUAUUUGUGUAUUUGCUACGUUAAUUUCAUGUGUCAUAUGGUUUUAUUUUUAGUCUGUUUCUUGCCACAACAAUCAUUAUGAGAUUUUGUUUGACCAUUUCGAGAAUGUUUUAAUACUUAUACCUCCAGAUUAUCAGAAUAUUUAAGUCUAGGUGUUUAAAAAAAAAGUGAACAGAGGUGUUUUGCCGUGGGAGUCCAUGUCUGGAGCUGGAUGUUAAGAUUAGUUCGACCGCUGCAGUAGUCUUACCCAAACCUAACAUAUAAAACUAGUAUAUUACAGGUAAGAGUAUUUCAUUUUAUUUAUUUUUUCGAAUUGCCGUAUUCUUUCUUAUCAAGACAGUAUACUGUCUUUCUAAGGAAAAGUGCCGUACAAACAAAUAUGUAUAAGGUCGUGCACACAUUGUAUAUGAAUUUGUUUCGUACGAAAACGUACGAAUACUGGUCGUACGAAUUGAUUGCGCACACUGAAUACGUUUUUUUCCGUAAAAUAGUCAGUGUUCCGGUGAUAUCGCAAUCGUGUCGUCCUUUUUAUUAGAACCUUAUUGUUAUAACCUUAUUAUUAGAACGCAAUGAUCUGUACCUUCAAGAUAAUUCUCUUCUAUUCCGGAGACGGCUGCGUCUUCGUCAUUAUCGUACGAACGUUAAUGAAAUCCGGACAAGUUCGGAUUGUUUUCGUAUGUAAAAGUUACACGUACGAACAAAUCGCACCCAGUCUGCGCGCUCACAUAGUAUUUGGUAGGCCGGGAUCGUUCGUGCGUGUACGUACAAGUUCGCACGAAUCAAAUUCGUACGAAAACGCAUCCAAUGUGCGCCCGGCCUAAUGUUAGUUUUGUGAAAAAUUAAUUUUUGUAUUUUCAUUUCUUAACCUUUAAUAUUUUCUAUUCUAUUUGUUUUCGUGUUUAAUAGAUUUCAAACAUAUAAUAAAAUAGUAUUAUUAAUCUGAUUAUUGAUUUAUUGUAUGAAUUAAAGUUAUUUGUAUGUUGUUAGCAACUAUAUAACUAUAAAUUAUUAUUUACUAAUGGAAAAUGUCGUUAGUAAUUUUUACGCCAUUAGGUAUUGCUUAAUAUAAAUCAUUUAUACAUUUAUUUACUAGGGAGACAUGCCGUAAAUAAAUCAAUUUAUUUAAGAGUAAAAUAGAAAAUAAAUUUGUAUUAAUAAAACUAUGCAAAUCUUAUAAUAUAAAACAGCUUUUUACAAAUAAAAUUGACAAAAUUAAAGUUAAUUAGUUUAAAUUAUUGUGAAAAAUAGAUAUAUUUUCACAAAACUGUCUUCUACUUUGUGAUAAGACUUGUUUUCAUUUGGUGAGAGUGCCUUUCGUUUUUCUACAGAAAUGCCACAAGGUCUGUUUAAUGGUUGAAGUUCAACCAUUCUGGAUAUUUUAAAUAAUAUUUUUCUUUAACACCUUCAGCAACAACUUGUUAUUAUUUUCUUAGCUUUCCCAAUAAUAUCAGGUUAUAACAAGUCAUUUGUCCUUGCGCUCCUGCAUAGGUACUUCUUACAUUCAUUGUAUGAUAUUCCACCUAUUUUUAUAAUUAUUGAUAAUGAUUCUUAUAAUAAAGGUAAUAAAAGUUCUGCACGGUGAGGGGGUCACCCAAUUCAACCUAUAUUAACCAAUGUGUUAAAAAUGUUUUAAAUAUUUUUCUUUAAAAUAAAUUUUACAAACAAAUCUUUUAAUAAUAUGGUUUACCUAUCAAAUUUAUUAGCUAACUCAUUUUUUUUUUUGAUUUACGCGACUUUUGGGACUUUUGGAAUUUUCAGGGCAGUACAGUUAUAUACAUUAUUCAAAUAACUUAUAAAAUAAUAAUUUCCUAAAAAUUCUGAAUGCACCAUCACCUUCAACAUUGAAAACUAUCUUUUAGGUUUGAACAGUUUAAUAGUUGUUUUUUAUUUUUUCUUUAACUUUCUUGAUAACGUAUUUUGCAAAAAAAUGUUGAAAAUUCCACUUUUUAUUUAAAACAACAUUGAAAUUAAAUUAUUUCAUUUAGCAAUACUAUAUUUUAUAGCAAUUAGCAAUGUUGUACUCUGAAUUUUCCAAAAGGAGUGGAGGAUUAAUAAAACAAUCGUAAAUAAUAUUUCUACGUUUAUAUGGAGCAGCGAAAAUGUUUACAAAGAAUUUAGAAUUGAUUAUAUGUGUGUAUUUAAACACUUAAACCACUUACCAAAUUGUUUUAUUUUUCUAGUAAUUUCAAAAUUAUUUGGAACCAGAUUUGAAACUGUUUUAACUACAAACUAUCAAUAGGCACUUAUUAUUAUUAUUGUUUUUUUCUUUGAAAAGAUAAUGGGUUCCAUUGAACAGGUUAGUGUGGGAACCCAUGAGUUCACAAUUUAUUCUAAGGAAAAUAAUACAUUUAAAUAAUAAUUUACAUUUAACUUUAUUUUUAUAACUUUAGACUUAUUAGAUGAAACUAAUUUAAACAUAUUUAAUGUAGUUAACAAUAAUUAAUACAUGGAUACAUAAUGUAUAAUAAAGUUUGAUAAAAUACAAAUGCAUUCAAUUAGAUUAGAGAUAUAAAAAUAUUUAAAGUUUUAAAUUUGGUUUAUUCUGCAGUCAGUUAGAUAUUUUUUUCUUUUAAUUAUUAAACAAUAGAGUUUUAAUUAUAUAGAUUACUAAUGCCUUAUAGAAUAAUUUUUUUAAUGGUAGAACAUUUAAAUCUUAGUACAGAUAUAUAGUCUUUGUGAUACAAAUGAUUCUUUUUUAAAAUAAUUUUUAUUAUUCUAUUUUGUAUUAUUAGAUUCUGAAUGGAAUGAUGAAUGUGUUGGUUUUACAAUGAUGUUAACUUUUUUUUUUAUGUGAACAAUUUUCUACCAGAAAGCAUAUUCCACCAGUUAUCAAGUAAAGCACCUUUUCUGAAAGGAAAUUUUCUCUGAGUAGUACUCUAGAAAGGUCAUUUUUUGAAAUUCUCAUUAUAUUCGAGAUAAUGAGAAAAACCUUUGUUUUAGUCUAAAAAUGAUUAUAAGAUUAAAAAUAAAGUUGUCAUUGGUAACCGUUUUUAUUUAUUUUUUGUUAUUAAAUUUUUAUCAUUUUAAUAUUUUUUAAACAAUUAUUGUUGUUGUGGAAAUACACAUUGUUUUAAUCUAUUUACCAUAAUCUGAAAUAAUACCUCAUAUAUUGUAUUGUUGACAAAGUAACAUUAUCAACUGAAAUCCACUUAGAAUCGUUUUUUCUUUAGCAAUGGUUUAUCAUUGUUUACAGAUAUACAUUAAAUUCCCGUCUGUAGCCUACCUUCCUAAAUUCCCACCUACAACAGUGGUAGUUGCACCUGUAAGCCUGUAUUUUUAAUAUGGAUUUAGUGUUGUAUCAUAGGCAUCUCCCCAAAUAGUAAUACCAUAGUUAACUAUAGAUUCUACUGGAGCUUAGUAAAAUUCUUAAUUUCAAGUAAAUUAGCUAAAUUUUUGAAAGCAUAGAUUAUUUUUCUUAGUUAUAUCAUUGUCUGUUUAAUGUGGUCAUUUCAAUUUACAACAUUUUACUAAUUUUAAUGAAGUUUGACAUGUACAAGUUUUUGGAUUUGUUUGUGAAUACACAGGCUCGAUAUGUCUGGUUGGUUUGAAUUAGUUAUAUAGUGUGGUAAUAAAUAAUUUUUAUCUAAAUUUAAGAGUAGGUAUUUGCUCAUAACCAAUUAUUGAUUUUUCGGUUCUAAUUCGGUAUGGGCUCUACAGGUUUUGCCAUUCUAUAUUAGGAACAUAUAAGGGAUAUUGGACAACGACUGAUAUAUCUGGUUAUGUUAUCUGCCUUCUUUUCGUAUAUUAUGAUAUGUUGGGUAUUUCUUUAUUAUCUUAUCUUUGAUUAUUACUAAUUUUAUUAGUGUAGGUUUUGUAAUAGUAGUGUUUUCAGUUUUCAGUAACCUUGCUCUUGGAGGUUAUUCAUUAGGAGUAUUUUAUUUUUUUCUGUAUUAUUUAUUAAUUGUGAUGGCUGUGAUGACGUUUCAUGAGUUGUAUUUUACAAUAGUGCCAAAUGAAAUUGUGUGUCAUCGAGUUUUAGUAGAAAAAGGAUUAUUAAGAAAUGUUAAAGAUAACGCCCCUUGUCAUAUAUAGAGCACAGAAAUUCAGAUAAAACAAAGAAAAUGUCGCAAUGAUAAGUGGUUGACUUCGUUUUGGUGUUUAAAAACAGGCUGUCAUACAGCAAGAUUAACACAAGCUGGUUGCACCUUUUUUUCAUUUUACUUGAAUCAAUGUUGCAACAGUGGGUUAAAACUUUGUGAAAUUGUUGAAUUUGUAUUUAUGUUUGUAUUGGAAUUGUCCAUACAAACGGUAAUAGAUCGAACAGGAAGAAGUAAUGAGUGUGUCAUCAACUGGUUUAACAUGUGCCGAGAAGUAUGCUCAGCUGUUUUGAAGACUGAAAGAAAAAUGGUUGGUAAUGCAUAAAAUCCAAUUCAGUUUGACGAAGCUUGUUUUGCUGGUUGAAGGAAGUUCAAUAGGGGUAGAUUAUUAGCUGGAGACACUCCUCCCUCUUUGAAAGAUAUAAGCGCUAAGGUAAUUAAAAACCGAAAUCAUGGUGCACGGGUAGAUGGCCUUUAGGUAUUUGGUUUAAAAAAAUGGAAACAAUUUUUAUUUUUAUGUUCAUCAACAAGAAACUUAUACUGAUAAUAGAAAGUGAAUGCGAGGCAGAUCAUAAAUUUAUUCUCAUAAAUGAGCCGCAUACUGGUGUCUCACAAGUUGAGGUUUUGUACUCAAAUGUAAAUCACCAAAUUUCAUAUGUUGAUGAAAAUACAGGAGCCUACGCUCAAAACAUUGGGAGGUUAUGGUUGAAUGUGAAAAUUAAAUUAUUGAAGAAAAUGAUGGGUGUUGCUCUCAAUCAUUUGCAGUCCUAUCUAUACUAUUAUUGCUGGUAAUUUUACUGUAAUGACAGUCCUGACCUUUUUUUCAUCAUGUUUCCAUAGAGAGUGAUAUUAUUAAUGAAUUUAUAUUUGAUUUAAGCAUUUUAACAGUAAUUCUGUCUAGUCCAGGUGAAGAAUUUUGUUUAAGUGACAUUAUUAAUUUUAUGAAUGUUAAUUUAUUCAUUUUAGUUUGAUUAAAUUCUAUGUUAUUAUUGUGUAAUAAUUGUUUUUUAUGUUAAAUUUUAUUCUACAUGUUUUGUACAGCGCUAGAGAAAUAAUCUGAUAUUUCUUUUGAUUGGUUAGAGAUGUGAAAUUUUUCACUAGUAGGAAUGUAUGAAUUGGAUAGGUAAUUCAUUUUUAAGCAGUUAGUAAUAUUUUCCAGUUAGUUUGGAAUCAUUGCAGGCUUUUCUAAUUCUGAUUAAUAAUAAUUUUGUUUUGAUAUUUCUAUAGUAUUAGAUAAAAGAUUUUUGUAUUUUAGGUAGUAUUUUUUUUAGUUCAAUGAGUUUUCUUUGUAGAAAAGUAAUAUCUUUAUGACGAAUUGAUAGAAUAAUGACAGUGGUUGUCCAUGGUUUUAUUUUCUUAGUUUUGAAGAAAUAUUUUUUUCAGUUGUACAUUUGUUUGCUUUGAUCUGUAAAAUAUCAAUAAGAUUGUUUGUAGCAGAGUUAUUGUUUAUUGACAACCAGUUAUAAUUACUUAAUGCUAGUGAAAACUUAAAGUAGUCUAAUUGUUUUAGGAUUAGGUGGAUUAUUUCUAUUGAAGACAAAAUUGCUAAUGUUGGUUGCUAUUGAAAAAUGGUCAUUUAAUGAUGUGUGUGCAACAUUUUUACACUAGAUAAUGAUUUAGAUUUCAUAAAAAUAUGAUCAAGACAAGAUCCACCUGUUUUGUUAGGUCUAGUUAUAUAUUUGAUAAGACUUAUAAAUCCAUAUUCAAGAUAAUUGUUACUGUCUAGGUUGUUAUUUAAUAUGUCAAUGUUCAUAUCAUCUUAAGAUAUACAAUUAUUGUGUAAUUGUAAUUUUUUGACAUGGAUAUUUGUAAUAUAUUAUGUUCAAACUCAUAUAAAAAAGAAUCUGUGUCGGGUGGCCUGUAAAGUCCAUAUACUAUACAAUUUGAAUUCCUUUUUUCAAAAUUAAUUUCUAUACUAGACAUAUAAUUUGUUGUGUUUAUUUCAGAUACUUAAGUGUCAACUAUAGUGUCUUCUAUGAAAACAAUUAUUAUUCUGUCAUUUUGGUUUACAUGAUUUAUAGUGUUUAACAUUUUAGAAUUUCAAAUUGGGAGUAAUUAGUUAGGUAGGCCAUGCUUCUGUUAGUAUAAUAAAAUCAAAGUAGAUAGUUAGACUCUAUCUAUUAUAAUAUAAUACAGAACUCUUCGAAGUUUUUAUUAGCACAUAUUACAUUUAUCAUUAUAUUCAUAAUUAUAUUUAAUAAGUCUUAAUUAGAUUAUAGUCAUUCACAAAAUUAUCAAAAAAUUUAUAUUAUUAUCAGCCAUUUUCGAUUUCUAGAUAUGAUAUUUGUGAAUUAGUCAUUAUUGUUUUUUACAAGGUUAUAUUGAUGUUAUAUAAUAUUAAAUAUUGUAUCAAAACAUUUAUUUUUGAUGAAUUUGAAAAUAUUUUCGAAAAGUUAACAUUAGGUUUUUGUUUGUGUUGUAAUUUAGUAUUAUUUGAAACUUGUUUAUUUAUUAUUUUAAGUUGUUUAUGUGUGAAAUAUAUAAUACCUAAUUAAAAAUCUAAUGCUACAUAAAGUGAAAAUUGUUUGUAAAUAAGUUAUGAAUAAAAGUGUUACAAUAUAAUAUGUCUGCCCAAUACUAAAAUUAAUAAAGUUUGUUUUUCCUAUUACAAAGUAAAGAUUAAAAUAUAAUUCUGUUGUAAGAAUUUGAAUUAUUAUAGUGUUAUAUGUAAAUAUUAUGAAAACUAAGUUCUUCAUUAGUUCUUACUUGGGUUUUUUGGACAUUUCGUCUUUUUUGCAAUAAAUUCUACCAUUACUUGUCUAAAUGUAUCUGUAAUCUAGUUCCUUUGCCUUUGUUCUGGUUUCCCAAAAUAUUUUUCUGUUAUAUGCUGUUAAAUUUUCAUUGAUAUUAUAAAUUCUUGAUCCCUUGUGUUUUAGUUUUCCGAUUCAUAUUUGCAUAUUCCAUAUGAAAUACUGACUUUCAGCUGACUUUUCUUCUCAAUUUAACCUAGAGCUCACAGUAAGUGCUUCAGGUUAAAAAACUUGUUAGCCUUUUAUUUAGCUGCCCAGCAGCGGUAUUCUGUAACUCAAUAAGGUAGUUUAACAACAAAUUUCGGUUUGUUAAGUUAUCGAAAAUGUUAUUAUUGAAUAUUAUCCAUAAAAGUGAUUUUAUAUCAUAGAUAUUCAUUAGCCUAACAAAUAUUUUCCUUUAAACUUUCACUAGCAAUAAUAAAAUAUUGAUAAUUUCAUACACCCAUCUACUAUCUAGACCCCUGGAUAACACUUACCUACAAUGGAUAAGAGGAAAAAUAUGUUUUAUAUCAUCAUUUAUAAUACCUACCUAUUUAAAAUUUUGGUAAUAAUAGUAAUAAAAAUAAUAAUCUUAGUUUUUUAUUCUUACAAUUGUAAUUCUUAUAUUCUUUAUGAUUCUUUUUAAGUAACUUUUAUCGAAUACAGUCGUACUUAUUAGCCACAUAUUUUACAUGGUUCUAGAAUUUCUAAUAUGGAAACUUUUUCAGUUGGAACAGAGAGUUCAAUUAUAAGAUUAAUUAAAAAAUAAUGAUUAACAUAAGGCCAACAGGGAGUUUGUUUUAUGAAAAUUAAUAUUUUGUAGAAAUGACAACAUUUUGCCAUGUUAAUUUAAUUCUUGAAUCAAAAAAUAUUUUGUUGUUUUGAAAAAUAAUAAGGUUAGCACACUUUUUUAUUUUAAUAAAUUAAUUUGUUAAUUUAAUCAAAUAUUUUGUAAUAACAUACCUAUUAUAGUUCUCUUAAACUAACAAAGUAGGUUUAAUUAAAUUUAUAAAUAUUUGGUUAUUAAUUUUAAAAUUGACUUUUGUUAAUUUUAAAAUCAUAAUUAUAUUCAUAUAGAUAAUUUAGGUAAACCAUAAGUUAUUAUAUAUUAUUUUAAAAAUAAAAAUAUAAGAUUUCUAAAAAUAAAAAUAACUUUAUUCAAUAAAUUUAACAAUUUUUCAUUUUAUUAUGCUCUUAAUUUCAUUAAUUAUUUGAUUGACCGAUGGACAAGGUUUAUCAUAUUUAUUUACAAUAUUAUAGUAAAUAUUUUGAACAAAUAACCAGAUAUUUAUAAAUUGAAUUAGAUAUUUGAUAUUAAACGGUAUUAGCAGGUAUCAAAUUUAGAGUGCCUUCCUGUGAAUUAAGAAAUUCUACUCCCUUCCACUUACCUCUCUCUACCACUAUUUAUCAAAUUAUCUUCUUAAUCAUCUAAUGCCUUUGGCCAAUGAAAACCCUAACUUUGACCACUGAGCUCUUUUUUAAAUAAUAUUCAUAAUUUGCACCUGUAACUUAGAUAUUAUUUUCAUAUUACUUGUUUUUCUAUGUUUGGGCAACCCAACCUGUUUUCUAAUUAAAUUAAUAAAUAUACAUGACAAUUUUUGAAACAAAUGUCUAGUGCUUUUAUAGGAGAGAAAAUUGUUUUAAAAAAAAGCUCUUCACCUAGAUAGUGUUGUUUGAUUGGUCAAUUUAUUGAAACUCUUUGGAUUAUUCGACAGAAUUAACGAAAUUAUAACACAAAAUUCAGUUUUGUAAUGAAAAAAUAGUGAACUGAUAUUACAGAAUCGCAAAUUUGUUAAAAAAGUUUGGUACAUAAGAUAAAAUUUGAUAAGUGCUUAUUAAUGACAUUUUUUGACAUCUUAUCGAGUUACAGAAUACUGAUGCAGUGGUGGUCUAAUCAAUUAGGUCUACUGCAUCUACUGGUCAGAUCAAGGAUUUCAAUAGUAAAUAAAAUUGAUCUAGUAGUUUAAGAAAACAUGCGUGACAAAAAUUUCCAUUUUCACAUUUAUAUAGAUAAAAUUUCAAAUUUUUUUUUAUUUUCACAUUUAUACAAUAAUCAUUAUUAAAGCCAAAUUUCUAAUUCCCUAGGUUUACAUUUCAUUGUAAAACUGAGCAGGUGAUUUUUAAAAUAUGAUUGACCUAUUGUUAAUCUUCAUCAAGUACCUAACAACCUAGAUAACAACAUAUAGAUUCAUUAUAUUACAUUUUGUAUCUUAUCAAAAACUAUAUUAUUGGGAUGUACUACCUACUUAUAUAAUAAUAUAUGUGUGUAUAAAUCCGAUAUUACACUGGUUUAUCAGGUAGAUACCUACUAUAGUACUAUUAUAUAAUAUGGAACAAGUUGGUAGAUUUACUAUUACAUAGAUACAUUUUAUAAAAAAUAUAUUUCAUAAACCAAUAUUUUUAUUAAUAUUUCUAUUUUUUAUCAUAACUGCUAUGUGCCAUAAUAGGGUUGUAAAUUAAUUUGUUUUAAUGUUUACUAAAUUUUGUCCUUAAACUAAUAAAAUACAAGUGAUACCCAUGUAAAACUAUUAAUACACAGUGUUAAUGUACACCGAAGAAUAUAUUUUCUAUUAUUCAGAAAUAUGGAGUUUCGUAAAAAUUGUGCUAAUACCUAGGUAGACUAGCUAUACCUUGCUAUACCCAAAAAAAUAAUUAAUAUGCAUCAAGAAUUCAAUUAUAAAAUAAAUGAUGUGAAUUACUGGCACUAAUUGGAUAUUAAUUAUUCUGAAAAUGAAAUAUAUUUGUAUAUAUUUUAUGUUCAAUUUAUGUUCAAUUAUUCAGAAUACUUUUCUUUCUAGUUGUAUACAAACACCCAUAAAAUAACAAUAAUAAUAAAAUAAUGUAGGAAUUUGAACACUGAUGUAAUAGCUGAUGUUCUCAUUUCACUAUAGGCUGUAUGACAUUAAAGAAUUUGUACUUUAAUCUUAAAUUGUUUUUUUUGAUUUUUAUUUUCAGGGUAUUACAAAUUUAAAAACAAAAUACCUGACAGAAAUAAUAAAAUGUGGUUAUAGUUUUUUGUGCAUGCAAAAACUGUUAGAGAUUUCGAAUUGCGAUUUCUUGGAUUAAAUUUAGAAAAAUAUUUGGUAAAUCCUCUUUAUCAAUAUUAGUGGAUCUAGUCGUCAGUAUGGACAAAGUUACACAAAAUGGACAAGGGUCUGGUUCACUAAGUUGGAUAAAUAUUCCUUCAACAUCUUCACAGGAUGAUACAUCUAACAUUUCAAUAAAUGUAACCAAAAAAGUAACUAAAAAAGUGACUAAAAAAGUGACUAAAAAAGUGACUAAAAAGGUAAAGGUAAAAAUAGAUGUACCAAGGACCCCAUUUUUAACAAAAAAAUAUAACACAAAUGUUAGAAAAGAUAAAGCUGCAAGUGUGCUUUUAAAACCAAAACUGCCAAACAACCUAAACUGUAACACUAAGUAUGUAGAAGAUAAAAACACAGGUGUGCUUAUAAAACCAAAACUGCCAAACAACCAAAACUAUAACACUAAGUAUGUAGAAGAUAAGGCUGCAAGUGCACUUCGAAGACAUUACAAUAAUAAAUACAGGUACUUAACAUACAAGAAUGAUACCCAAAAUGUAGAAUCUAAGAAAAAAAUAAUUCAAAAUAUCACAGAUGGUACACAAUACGCAGAACCCAUGAAAAAAACAAGUCAUAAUAUCACAGAAACUCCAGUGGUGAAAUCUGUUACAGAAACUCCAGUGGUAAAACAUGUUAUAGAAACUCCAGUCGUGAAACAUGUUACAGAAACUCCAGUCGUGAAACAUGUUACAGAAACUCCAGUCGUGAAACAUGUUACAGAAACUCCAGUCUUGGAACAUGUUAUAGAAACUCCAGUCGUGGAACAUGUUACAGAAACUCCAGUCGUGGAACAUGUUACAGAAACUCCAGUCGUGAACCUCGCAGAAAAACAAAUUGAGGACUGUGAAACGGUACUAAAACCAAAACUGCCAAACUUCCAAAACUAUAACACUAAGUAUGUAGAAGAUAAGGCUGCAAGUGCACUUCGGAGAUAUUACAACAAUAAAUACAGGUACUUAUCAUACAAGUAUGGUAUACAAAAUGUAGAAUCUAAGAAAAAAAUAAUUCAAAAUAUCACAGAAACUCCUGUAAACCAAAUAGCAAAACAAGUUGAGAACAGUGAUGCAUUACUAAAACCAAAACUACCACACUACAAUAACUGUAACACUAAGUAUGUAGAAGAUAAAGCUGCAAGUGCACUUCGGAGAUAUUACAACAAUAAAUACAGGUACUUAUCAUACAAGUAUGGUACACAAUACGCAGAACCCAUGAAAAAAACAAGUCAAAAUAUCACAGAAAAUCCAGUGAUGAAACAUGUUGCAGAAACAUCAGUUAGCCAUGUCACAGAUACUUCAGUAAACAAUGUUACAAAACAAAUUGAGGAUAAUAAUGGAGUAGCAACCUUCUUUAGCAAUAUCUUACAGGGACCAUUGAACUUCAUUGAUACUGAUACAUUGUGUCAAAGAUAUGGAAGAGAGGAAAGAAAUGAGUAAGUAUACAUUUUGUAAUUUGGUGCCUAUGUUUAAUGUAUUCUCAUAUUAUUAAUAAUAUUUUUUUUUUAUUUUAUGAUUACAGAGAAAUAAAUAAACCAACAGAAAACAAAAAUUAAAAUGGGAAAAGGUAUGUUUAAGUUUUUUUUAAAGUUUUUUGGGGUUCAAAUAUUUUGAUGUUAAGUAAAUUUAUUAGGAAUUAAAUUUUAGAAAUUACAAUCGUUAGUUAUUGUUGCAGUGUUAGAAUGCAAUAAUUAAAUAACACAUUUUAUUUAAAAAAAUAUAUAAUUAGGUAACACUAUCUCCC